AUGUCUCCUUUACUUGACGGUGUCUUGAAUACGCAGACAUACGAGAGCGCUCAGUUGAAUGCUGUCAUAUCGUCCCUUUUCCCUUCAAGUGUGCGAGUGCAACAAUCCGAAAAUAUCAACGGCCACCUCCACGGUUUGCGCCGCCUCACGCUCACCAACGGUCUCCGUCUCUUUUUGAAGAGCUCCCCGUAUCCAGGAACCCCGCUGCUGCGACAUGAGCGCUUGUGUCUGGAGACGGAAGCGCGUGUUCUCGCUCUUCUGGGCCAAAGUGCCAAUCCGUGUAUCCCCCGGCUCUAUCAUUAUCGCCCCAGCGGCAGUACUCUUGGCCCAUCUCUCUUGCUCCGUCAAUACAUGGAGGGAUCCAGUCUUUUGGACAUUGAAGGCCUGUUGAAUACCCGUGAACGCAGCGAGGUGGACCGUCACUUAGGAUUUCUCGCUAUGACCAUCGGCCAGAAUGUGGCACCAAGAUUUGGUUCUUUGCAGCAGGUUGCUCAGGGAGCAGGCAAAACAUCAUGGCGGGACGCAUUCUGUGCGCUACUGGAGGGUGUAUUACGAGACGCUGAGGACGUGUUCAUCAAUCUACCUUAUGCCGAGCUUCGUCAUGAAAUACUUCGACAGGCGCCCGCCCUGGAUGAGGUCAUUCUGCCUCGGCUCACAAUUGUCAGCUUGGGGCGGCCAGCCCAUGUUCUGUUGAAUGAACAGUCCAAUCAAAUAUCUGGAGUGGUGGAUUUGAGCAGCGCCUGCUGGGGGGACAUGCUCAUGGCAGAGAUAUUCGAGAGGCCGACUUUUGCCGUCGUCGAAGGCGCGGGAUUACCUUUGGUUCGAACGAAAAGAGAGAGCAUUCGUGUGUUACUGUAA